AUGAGUAAUCAGUCAGAACCAGAAUUCUUGGAUGACAUUGCAGUCUAUCAGCUUCGGGAUGGUAAUGGGGACGGUGCAGAGAUGCGAUUCAAAUUUAAUAACAAGCAAAUCUGCGUCUCUAUCUUCCCCAGCAAUGGCUCAUCAACGAAUGAUACUCAACACAUGGGCCCAGGAGAGCGUCCUCUACAGGACCAUCUCGUCGAUGUAAUAGAUCGUUCUAUGACUAAAGACCACGACAAGCAUGAAAGCCUUGUGGAAGAGGCUCUUAUCGUUAUCCUUGACGUUGGAAGAACACUAUUCGGAGGCCCAAAAUCUGCUGCCCAGGAUGACGGCUCACUUCAUCCACUCCUGUUUCCUGAGAUCCUUUAUCUUCGGCUAGAUGCUCCUGGCCAGACCGCUUCUCUGAAGCGCAUCGAUGCCAGUGAAGGGUACAGCGAUGAGUCUGCUGUUGAUGACGAUUUUGAUGAAGAAUUGGAACUUCGCCAGGACUUACCUCGUUUCACUCCCGACGAGAUCACGAUAACUGACUUGUUUUGCCACGGUGCGAACAGUCUCUCCGCUCUCGUACACGCCGGGGGACGGGAAAUGUUCUGCAGGGCAUGUGGUGUUGGGCUGCGCAACAGCAGGCAAAGUCGAGGGCUUCCACGUAUGAUCGACAUUCUCAAUGCCUUCCCGGAUCCACACAUAAUUCAGGUUCCCCAGCUUCUCGGGUAUAUCCACCAUAAAGACACGAAUCAGAUUCUAGGCUUUGUUCGGGAGUGGAUUCCUGGACAUGGACUUGAUGAUUCCGAUAUCACCCCGGAGAAAGGUCAGAAAUGGAUAAUGCAAAUUCCUGAGACUAUCGAGCGUCUUCAUUAA